GAAGGAUCAUCAUGUGUUCAGUUAGGAAGUCCUGGGAUAUGCAAAAGGAUAACAGAGUGCGAGGAAGCAAUGGAUUCGUUGAAAAGACAUGGAAAACAUGACCUUUUGAGGUGUGGAUUUGUUAAAGAUGAAGAGGUGGUUUGCUGUCAUGGAUUCUUUUUUGACCGAAAUCCUACGAUAGAAAGAACGACAGUAGACAGUAGAACAGUGUGGAGCACUAAUGACAUUGAUGAUGGCAAAAAACCAAACGGGAAACGCAUGAGUGAAAGAAUGUGUGACAAAUAUAUAAAAGAAUAUAAGAUAAAACCCGAGAUAAAUUUCCAUAUAAUCAACGGAGAAGAUGCUAAAAUUGGCAGAUUUCCCCAUAUGGCCGCUUUAGGUUUUCGAAGCGAUUCCGACGAGAAUAUAAUAGAAUUCAACAGAUGCUCGGGAUCAUUAAUUUCAACCAAAUUUGUCCUAACAGCGGCCCACUGUAUGUUCUGUGCCAUCUGUAAAAACCCAGUGUUGGUUCGUUUUGGAGUGAUCAACAUCACUGAUACUAAGGACGCACAAGAUAUAGAAGUAAAAAACGUAAUACUGGGAGAUUACAACUACACGUCAAAACACAACGAUAUCAGCUUGAUCGAGCUGAUGAAGGACGUAACAACAUCCAGGACAGUCUAUCCAGCUUGUUUGUAUACCUCGCCUGAUGAUCCUAUUAGUUUGAUCAUAACUGGAUGGGGAAAUACAG